AUGGUAUAUAUGAUUUCCACCGGUAAUCUUCCACCUUCUUGCAAGUCUAAUCUUUCUGCUCAGCUUAAUGGUCAGUCAACUGGUUUAAGUGUACCUGCAGAUAAUGUGAAUUUCUUACGUUUUGCUGCACAGUUUCGAGCAGUUCAUCGUGGCGCCUUCUUUACUGAAAUGCGUACUACUUCUGUGCGUCGUUUACUACCUGAGGCAUGGGGUUUUUUUUGUCCUGUUCACACCCCUGAUGGUACACCAUGUGGUCUUUUAAAUCAUUUAGCUGAACCUGUGGAGGCUGUGUGUGACACUCCAAAACAGUCUGUACUCGAUAAUUUAGGAAAUUGGCUAUCUACUCAUAAGUUAAGACCGAUUGAACUAUCCAGACAGUUAUUCGGUGUUAUUGAACAGCAAAAUGCUUUACCGGUUUUGCUGGAUGGUCGUCUUAUUGGUUGGUUGUCAACUCUAGAUGAGGCGAAACAAUUAGCUUUGGAGUUAAGAAAUUCAAAAGUCAGUCCUGACUGUAAGAAUAUUCCGCAUACGCUAGAGAUAGUAUUGGUCCCACCAACCGAUGUUGGUUCACAGUAUCCUGGUUUGUAUCUUUUUGCUGGUGGAUCACGACUCUUGAGGCCAGUUAAAAAUUUACACAAGUCAAACAGCUCAAACAGUAAAGAUGUUGUUGAAUGGAUUGGUACCUUUGAGCAAGUGUAUUUAGAUAUAUCUGUGAAGGAGGAAGAAUUAGCUGAACGCCUACCUGGUGAUAAAUCGCAUAUUGAAUUGGCGCCGGAAAAUAUCUUUAGUUUUGUGGCUGGUUUAAUCCCCUAUCCUGAUUUUAAUCAGUCUCCUCGCAACAUGUAUCAAUGUCAAAUGGCUAAACAAACAAUGGGUCAUUCUAGUUACACUUGGCGUAGUCGAUCAGAUGCUAAAGCCUAUCGUUUGUUUACACCACAAAGUCCUUUGGUUCGGACUAAAAUGUAUGUUAAAUAUGAUGUUGAUCAUUAUCCAUUGGGAUUCAAUGCUAUAGUCGCUGUGAUGUCAUACACUGGUUAUGAUAUGGAAGAUGCUAUGGUGAUCAAUAAAGCGUCAUAUGACCGUGGAUUGGCUGGGGCAUGUAUCUAUAAAUCAGAAGUUAUUGACCUGUCAUCACUUUCUAAGUCAACGUCUACAAGUAAUCCAUUUCAGAAGAAAAGAUCGUUGGCUGCUGAACACUAUUUUGGUUUCGCUGGUGAAUCAACUAGUAAAGGUUUGGAUAUAGAUGGUUUUCCACCUAUUGGCACCCGUUUAGAGUCUGGUGUCAGUUGGUUAUACGCAUAUACACACGGCGAAACACAAAAAACUACACUUGUCAAAUAUGAAAGUGGUGAACAGAUUGCCUAUGUUGACUCCAUAUCUCUCAAUGGAUCUUGGAGUUCUGUCACAAUUACUCUUCGAUUACCUAGACCACCAGAUAUUGGAGAUAAGUAUAGUAGUCGUCAUGGUCAAAAAGGUAUUAAUAGUCUGUUAAUCCAGUGUGAAGAAAUGCCAUGGUCAACUACGAAUGGUCUUAUCCCUGACUUGAUAUUUAAUCCGCAUGGUUUCCCAACUCGAAUGACAAUGGGUAUGAUGAUUGAAUUUCUGGCUGGCAAGUCGGCGGCAUUGACAGGAAAGCGAGUUGAUGCAACACCAUUCCAAUGGUCAGAAGAUUCUCCACCAUAUGAAGAUUAUUGUCGUAUAUUGACUGACUGUGGAUUCAAUCACUGGGGCACAGAAACAAUGAUGUCUGGAUCUACUGGACGUCAGUUAGAAGCACAGAUAUAUAUUGGAGUUGUUUAUUAUCAGCGUUUACGGCACAUGGUAGCUGAUAAGUACCAGGUUCGUGCUGAGGGUCGUUUCGAUCCAAUACUCCGACAACCAAUUAAAGGACGUAAAGUUGGUGGUGGUAUUCGUCUUGGUGAAAUGGAGCGUGAUUGUUUACUAUCCCAUGGUUUAGUUUUCAGUCUACAGGAUCGCUUAGUUGAUUCUAACUGUGAUAAAGUUAAGAUGUUUGCUUGCUCGAAGUGUGGUGGUUUAAUACAUGCUGAUUUAGUACGAAAUAUUACUAGCACCAUGACGAAUCAUAUCACUUCAGAGGAUUCUUCUUCGAAUAUUCCCAAUUCAAAUCAAUGGUGUUGUCGAUUGUGCAGUAGUGAUAGCAGAGAAGGUCCAUUGUCUGAUAACAAGAAAAGCACUCUGAAAUCUGUUCAAGUUUCAGCUGCAUUCAGAUAUCUUACCUAUGAAUUGGCUUGCCUAAAUGUUAAAACUCGCUUAGCAUUAACUGAUCUUGAAUAA